UCCAUUUUAGAUCUUCGCAUUCUUGUUUCUUCUCUUCCCCUGUGAAAAGUAUUUGGCUGUCUUGUGAGAAAUGGAAUUUUCUUUAACCCCAGAUGUGGUAUUGAGAACUUGGCCAAAGUUGUUCGCUGGGGAAGAAAAGCGAUUUGGGACUCGGACUAUAGUGGUUGGCCACCACUUGGUACCUCAUAUUGAAGCUUAUGUGCCCCAAAAGUUCUGCUCCAAUCAAAUUGUCUCCUCCAAGUAUACAGUCUGGAAUUUUCUUCCCAAGAAUCUGUUUGAACAGUUCCGAAGAAUUGCCAAUUUCUACUUUCUUGUCAUUUUCCUUGUCCAGGUGAUAGUGGACACACCAACCAGCCCAGUGACCAGUGGCCUUCCUCUCUUCUUUGUGAUUAUUAUUACAGCUAUUAAACAGGGAUAUGAGGACUGGCUGCGGCACAGAGCGGACAAGGAAGUCAACAAAAGCGCAGUUUUUGUGAUUGAAAACGGAGACAGUGUGAAGAAGGAGUGUGAAAAGAUUAAGGUUGGCGACAUAGUAGAAGUGCUAGCAGAUGACACUUUUCCUUGUGAUCUAGUUUUACUGGCCUCAAGUAACAAGGAAGGGACCUGCUACGUCACGACUGCCAGUCUAGAUGGAGAAUCAAAUCACAAGACUCACUACGCUGUGCAAGAUACAGCCAAGAUGAAUACAAUUGAAGCCAUGAACAGUUUGGUUGCCACUGUAGAAUGUGAACAACCCCAGCCAGAUUUGUACAGGUUUGUGGGCAGAAUUAACAUCUACAGUGAUGAACCAGAGCCAUUAGCCAGACCAUUGGGUCCCGAGAACCUUUUGCUGAAAGGAGCAAAAUUGAAAACCACCCCAAAGAUUUACGGAGUCGCUGUAUAUACUGGGAUGGAAACCAAGAUGGCAUUGAACUACCAAGGGAAGACUCAGAAACGCUCUGCAGUUGAAAAGUCAAUCAAUGUAUUCCUGUUGUUCUACUUGUGCCUGCUGGUGAGCAAAGCUAUCAUAUGCACUACUUUGAAAUACAUCUGGCAGAGUGUCCCGUAUCACGACGAACCCUGGUACAACCCCAAAACCCAAAGAGAGAGAGAAGCUUUCAAGCUGCUAAAGAUGUUCACUGAUUUCCUGUCCUUCAUGGUCCUCUUCAACUUCAUCAUCCCGGUCUCCAUGUAUGUGACUGUCGAGAUGCAGAAAUUCCUGGGCUCCUUCUUCAUUACCUGGGACAAAGAGAUGUAUGAUGAAAAUAUCCAAGAAGGCGCCUUGGUGAACACCUCUGACCUCAACGAAGAACUUGGGCAGGUUGAAUAUGUGUUUUCGGAUAAAACGGGGACUCUAACAGAAAACACCAUGGAAUUCAUUGAGUGCAGCAUUGACGGCUACCGAUACUGUGAUUCCUUUUCACAAGUGGAUGCAAAGAGGUCUACAGGAAAAGCAGACAAGAGACAAGAAGAACUGUUCCUUCGAGCAUUGUGUCUCUGUCAUACGGUUCAAGUCCAGAAAAAGGACGAAAUCGAUACCAUGACGUUGCAGCCCAAAACGACACAAAUCUACGUUGCAGCUUCUCCAGAUGAAGUGGCUUUGCUACAGGGGGCUCAGAGGUAUGGUUUCACUUUUCUAGGACAAGAAAAUAACAUCAUGGCGGUAGAGAAUUCCAAAAAGCAAAUUGAGAGAUACGAACUUCUGAACAUCCUUGAUUUUGACUGCGUCCGUCGCCGGAUGAGCGUUAUCGUGAAGAUGCCGGAUGGAAAAAUAUACCUAUUUUGCAAAGGAGCGGAUUCUUCAAUUUUCCCAAGGGUCCCUGAGGCUGAAGCACAAAAGACAAAAGUCCAUGUGGAACAGAAUGCAGUGGAUGGAUAUCGGACACUCUGUGUGGCCUACAAGGAAAUAUCACCCGCAGUCUACAAGGUCCUAGAAGCCCAGAUUAAAGAAGCCACUGUGGCUCUACACAACCGAGAAGCCAGGAUGGCCAAGGUCUUUGAUGAUAUUGAGAAGGACAUGCGUCUGAUUGGCUCCACUGCUGUAGAAGACAAGCUCCAGGAUUUUGCAGCUGAAACCAUUGAAUCCCUCCACGCAGCAGGCAUGAAGAUCUGGGUGUUGACAGGGGACAAGCUGGAGACGGCCCAAGCUACCUGCUAUGCAAGUCGCCUCUUCCACACCCACACAGAGCUACUGCUCUUGACAGCAAAAACGGUGGAGGAAGGUGACAGAAAAAUGGAGCGGCUUCACGAACUGCUGAUGGAGUACCACAAAAAGUUGGUGACCGACGCGCCCCCAGGGAAGAAGAGCUGGGUAUCCAGUUCAGACUACGGACUGGUCAUUGAAGGGGCCACCCUUUCCCUGAUCAUGAACCCUUCGCAAGAUUCCAGCUUCUCCCACUACAAGAGCAUCUUCCUCCAGAUCUGCCUGAAGUGCACCGCCAUUUUGUGCUGCCGGAUGGCCCCGUUGCAAAAGGCUCAGAUCGUCCGCAUGGUGAAGAAUUCCAAAGGCAGUCCCAUCACGCUGGCUGUUGGAGAUGGAGCCAAUGAUGUCAGCAUGAUUUUGGAAGCUCACGUGGGCAUCGGUAUCAAGGGAAAAGAAGGACGCCAAGCCGCCCGGAACAGCGACUACGCCGUCCCCAAGUUCAAACACUUGAAAAGACUGCUCUUGGCUCACGGGCAUUUGUAUUAUGUCCGAAUAUCUCACCUUGUACAGUAUUUCUUCUAUAAGAACCUUUGCUUCAUUUUCCCACAGUUUUUAUAUCAGUUUUUCUGUGGCUUUUCACAGCAGGUAGGUUGCCAUCGGUUGGGUGGGUGUUGUUUUACAACUAUCCCUCCACUUGCAUUUCUGAUCUCCUGGCAGCAUUUGACGUCUGAAUUUUGUGUUUUUCUUGGUAGGAAUGUUUCUGACAACGCUAUGCUCCAGUUGAAGCCGUUCGUCUACUGGACCUUCUUGGGCCUUUUCAACGGUUGUGUCUUUUUUUUUGGUGCUUACUUCCUUUUUCAAAAUGCCUCUAUAGAAGACAAUGGAAAGAUGGCAGGACUCUGGACAUUUGGAACAAUGAUUUUCACUGUCUUGGUCUUCACAGUCACACUAAAGCUGGCAUUAGACACUCGGUUCUGGACAUGGAUGAACCACUUUGUCAUCUGGGGGUCGCUGAUUUUCUACGUCUUUUUCUCCUUCUUCUGGGGAGGCUUCAUUUGGCCUUUCUUGAAGAAACAAAGGAUGCACCAUGUUUUCGCCCAGCUGCUCUCCUUCGCCUCUUCCUGGCUGUUGAUUUUCUGCCUGAUUUUCAUCUCCCUCCUCCCCGAGGUCAUCGGCCUCGUAUUUAGACACUUAAAAAGGAAAAGCAGCGAGAGACCUGUUCUUUGUAAAAGACCCCACAGAAAAAUUGCAAGGGAUUCGGUCAGGCCUCUCCUGUUAAGAACGUUCUCAGAAACAUCUAAUGUAUCGUAAACAGCCCAACCCUUCGGAGUUACCAAUGCUGGUGUCAUACAAGCAGCUAGAGAACAGCCAUUCUGCAGAAGUGAAACCCAGAGAGACCCUCGCUCAACUGGCUGAAUGCCAUCUCAGGGUAUUUCAAAUGCAACAGUUA